CUUGUAUAGCAGAUUGCUUAAAAAUCUUCUUUUACCACUAUAUUUAUGUUGUUAAUAGCGCCAUCUGCGGUGGAUGCGUGUCAAUUGUUUAAUUAUUCUUUCUACCAUUGGUCAAGAAGUGGUGUGCGGGGCGGAGGUGUUGGUGUGUAUGUUAAAAAUAAAUUUAAAAGUAAAUCUCUUACUGUCGAAUGUUACUCCUACUUGGAGCAGACGUGGAUAACAUUAUGUUUUAAUAAAAAUAAAUAUAAUAUUGGGGUUAUAUAUAGACCACCUAGGGAGAAUAUCAAUAGUUUCCUUGACGCUUUUGAGGCGACACUGGGGUUGGUAAUUCCUCAAUGCGAUGAAUUAUUUGUUGUAGGUGAUAUAAAUAUUAACUUGCUUAAUUCUCAGAAUACAUACACUACUAAAUUUUUGAAUCUUCUGGACGCAUAUGGGUUGUUGCAACUGGUGAACGAGCCUACUCGUAUUACUUCUUCCUCGGAAACCUUGAUAGAUGUUGUUGUUUCUUCUUGUGUCGAUUUUGCGUUUACUUCACUGGACAGUUUGCAUGGUCUAACUGAUCAUGAAUUGAUUAGAUGUAGCUUGACAGUCGCACCUAUUGUUACUGAACCAGUUUUUAGGGCUUACCGGGAUUUUAAUUCUAUCAAUCUUGUUGAUUUUACUGCUGAACUGGAGUCGUUGCCGUUCUCUUUAAUUUAUGAACUGGAUGACGUUAAUAUCAAAGUUAAUUUUUUUAAUAAUCUUAUUAUUUCAAUUUUCGAUAAAUAUGCUCCACUAAGGAAUAGACGAUUUUCUAAAAGACGUAGUCCUUGGCUUACGCCGCAGUUAAAACAAAUGAUGUGUUUGAGGGAUAGGGCUUACUCUAAAUAUAAGCACUCUAAGAAUAUUAAUGAUCUGUAUAGUUACAAAGAUUUGAGGCGGUACGUGGAAGGAGCGAUAAGAAGAGAGAAAGAGGCAUACUUUGGUUCGGUGGUGGCUCAGCGUAGUUCUGCUAAGCUAUGGCGGGUCCUUCGUGAUUGGGGUGUCGCCAGACAGAGGCGCCAACCAUUGCCCGGGAGUUUAGGUAAUGCAGAUGAGAUAAAUGAUUAUUUCGCUAGAUCUUCUGAAUUGGGAGGGGUUGUUGAUCAGGAUGUUGUUGACUUCUAUAAUAAUUCUAAAUUAAAUCCUACUAAUAAUUUCCUAUUUGAAACGGUAGCUCGGUUGGUUUUGAUGGUGUUUCAUCCUUAAUGUUGCAUCUUUGCUGUCCCCAUAUUCUACCUUUUGUAACACAUAUUAUAAACUACUGUUUAGCUAACUCAGUUUUUCCAGACGCUUGGAAAACUGCUAAAGUGAUCCCACUGCCUAAGAUAGCCAAUCCUACUUCGUGUGGUGACCUUAGGCCGAUUAGUAUUUUGCCUGUUUUGUCUAAGAUUUUGGAAAAAAUCAUGGCCUUUCAGAUGAGAUUUUUUGUUGAGGGUUGCAGUGUUUUGCCGACGACACAGUCUGGGUUUCGUAAAAAUCAUGGAUGUGGUACAGCAUUGAUGCAUAUAACUGAUGAUAUACUGCGGGCAGCUGAUGAUGACAUGGUUACGGCUUUAAUUCUUUUCGACUUUUCGAAAGCAUUUGAUACGGUGAAUUAUACAGUUUUGGAUUCUAUUCUAAAGUACAUUGGGUUUUGUACUAAUGCUGCUGCCUUAAUAUUGAAUUUUCUUUCUGAUCGAAGACAGGUCGUUUCCUGUGGCAUGAUCGUCUCGGCUGCCCGUGGAUUAAUGGCCGGUGUACCACAAGGUUCUGUAUUGGGUCCGCUCUUAUUUAGCAUUUAUACUUCUGGUCUCCAAAAUUGUCUCAAAUAUUCUAAAGCUCAUUUUUAUGCCGAUGAUUCUCAGAUAUAUUAUUCUUUCAGACAGGAUGAUGCUCCUGUGGCCCAACUUAGGAUUGCGGGUGAUGUUGCUCGGUUUACCAAAAUGGCUGCCAGUCACAACUUAAGAUUGAAUCCCUUAAAAUCGGUUAUGUUGUUGUUUGGUAGACGCAAUGCCCGCAACGCUUGCUCUCAUUUUAGAAUUGAGCUGGAUAGUGGUGACUUGGGCGUUGCGGGUUGUUGUCGUAAUCUUGGCCUCCUAAUGGAUUGUGAUGUCAGAUUUAGGGAUCAUGUUACUUUAAAGGUCCGUAAAUCAUUUGCGGCGCUGAAGCUUAUUUAUAAUAUUAAAAACUUUUUAUCUAGGGACAUUAGGGCGAGACUGUGUGACGCCUUGGUACUCAGCCAAUUUAAUUUUUGCGACACGGUAUACGGCACUUGUCUGGAUCAGGUAACUGCCGGCCGUAUUCAGAAAGUUCAGAACGCCUGUCUGAGAUUGAUUUUUGGGUUGCGUUUGAGAGAUCACGUUACAUGUUUUUUGAAGGAGGUGGGUUGGCUUAAUAUGGCUAACAGGAGGAAAUUACAUCUGUUAACUUUUUAUCAUAAAUUACUUUUAUUUAAGUCGCCUUCUUAUCUUUAUAAUAAAAUAUCAUUUCGGACUGAUGUUCAUAAUUUGAACAUCAGAUCCAAGGGCUUCAUUACUCCACCUCAGCAUCGCUCGGUUUUGUUUCAACGGUCUUUCUCUUUUAAUCUACCCAGGCUUUACAACCCGUUGCCAAGUUCUCUUAAGUCGUUGUCACUGAGCACCUUCAAAAAAGGGCUCCGCGAGAUCAUUGGUGAGGACUAUGGUCCUAACUCCGCCCUGCGCACAUUUGUAAUCUUUUUUUUUUCUGUUGUUUCUAUUAAUAAAGGCAUUAUA